CGUUUCUACAUUGCCUGGCUGUCUAAUCUCUCAUUUGCAAUAUGAGGUGCAUCAUCAUUUGCCUCGCUCUGUUGGUGUCUUCGGAAACCAUUCAUUCCCAAGAUGCAGCUCUGGGCACGCAACUGCAGCAGGUUUCACUUGCUAGAACAUUUACACCAGGAGCCUGCGGUGGAGGCCAACUUUCAGUUUGUUCAUCGUGUACAGCACUUUCCCUGUGCAUUUCAACCACCGUAGUAAUUGACGUGCCUUGUAACUCCACUAAUGCCUACUGUAACCCGGGAGAUGUCGAAGCGAGUUGCUCGACGGUACCGGCCACUGGUUGCGCUCCACCGUCGGACGAAACCGUUGCCAUCACGUGCUCUUCAGUUGGAAUGCUACCAGACCCUUCGAACUGUAACAUUUACCACGUAUGUCGAACGGUACAGGGAACCUCGGAUGUCUACCAAUGUCCAACCGGAACAACCUUCAACCUGUCGGUUCUGCAGUGCCGAACCCAGAGUGUCUCGCCUUGUGUGACGGUUACGUGUGGUGCCACCAGUGGAUUUGUGUAUUACGGAUCGUCUCGCCAGUACUACGCUUACUGUUUGGUGGCGAAUGGUGUAACAAGUCGCUACAUAUUCAAGUGCCCGAAUCGUGCCACGUUCAGCAUGGUUACCAACUCGUGUGUCUACGUGUGCGCCGGAGUGGGAAACUUCGUCAACACAAAUGAUCCGGCCACAUACUAUCAGUGCUACGUGGCUAACGGGCGGUAUGUGGCUGCGCUGAGGCAGUGCCCGGCAGGAACAAGCAGUUUCAAUCAGACACUGCAGUAUUGUGUCUAGUAGUCUAGUUGGAUUCAUUGGCGUGUAACCAGCUAUUUCUUUUUUUACUCACAUUCCUAAACAAACAACGACAAUGAGUGAAAAAAAGGAAAUAGCUGGCUACGUCAAUGAUCGGAACAGAUGUUCUAGUAUAUUACAAAUAUAAACGAAAUAGAUAUAAAUGUUUGUGAAGGCUUC